AUGAAAGUGAGGGUCCAGACGAGGGCUACUUCUACAUAUAAUCCUAAUUGGAUUCCUGACCUGGCAGAGAACCUUAAGAAUUACAAGACUACCCAAAAUACUUACUUAAGUCUGGUGAAGGAUCUUAUAGACAUCAAUACUAGAAGAUGGAAUGUUUCCCUAAUUCACUCUUUGUUCCCUAAACACAUAGCUCUGAAAAUCUGUCAAAUAAGACUAGGAAAAGAAGACACCUUGAGAUGGUUACUUACGAAUUCAGGGAACUUCACAGUCAAAUUCAUGUACAAUAAGCUACAAGAAAAAACCAUAAACAAUUACAAUUUAGGACAACCAGAUGCCUUCUGGAAGAAAUUAUGGUCUCUUAAUAUCUCCCAAAGAAUAAAAAAUUUUGCUUGGAAAUGUCUUCAGAAUGUUGUUUCUACUAAUAGUAAAAGGGAAAGAUUUCAAUCUGAUAUCUCCCCCUCUUGUGCCUUUGGUUGUUGUGAGAUUGAAACUAUUGAACACAUCUUCCUUCACUGUAAUUUUGAAAAAGCCGUUUGGGAUACCGAACCUUGCCCUGUUGAUACACAUUUCAAUGCAAAUACUACUUUCCUAGAAGUUUUCAAAGAAUGGUUAGGAAAGGACAGUGACAUUAUUAAUAUAGAAAUCAUACUGACCAAAAUCUGGUUCAUAUGGAAGGAAAGAUGUAAUAGAGCUUUUGAUGGUCAACAUCAAACACAUCAGCAAGUGGCACUAGAAAUACAGAGACACUUAGCUUACUGGCAUAAGGAAACAUACCUAGUUCACAAAAAAGACUCAAUGGUAGGAAACAAUAAGAACAACAAAUGGCAAUUUCCGGCACCUGGCCAUAAUACACUAAAUUUGGAUGCUGCUUGGAUCUCAAGUAGUGUCCCAUCAGGUUAUGAUAUAAUCUUUCGAAAUGAUGCAGGUGGUUUCAAGCAUGGAAGAGCAGGACCUAUCUCAACAACUUCACCAGAAGAAGCAGAAGCUUUAGGAUUUCUUCAUGCAGCAAAAUGGGCUCAAACAAAGAAUCUGUCAGACUUUAGUGUGGAGGGCGAUUGCAAGAAUCUUAUUGACUAUCUGGAUGGAGAAUUAUCUCAAAUCACAUGGCAAAACCAAACUAUUAUGGAUGAAGUUAGGCAAGAAUUUUCUUUUUGUAACAACUUUAAAGGCUUUUAUUUUAGACCUAGAACAACAAACAUGGUAGCUGAUACUCUAGCCAAAGAGGCUAAGAAAUUUAGAACCGAUUUUGAAUGGAGCAACAAUCCUCCUUCUUGUAUUCUCAAUGAUCUAGAAGUAGAUAAAUCUAAUGCCAGGAUCCUUGACAAAGGCCAAGCACUAGAUGGAUCUACUCGUCCUAUUGUAAGGGUUACUAACUCCCUAAGUUAG